AUGACUACCCUCAAGCCCGGUGACACGUUCCCCAGUGACGUCGUCUUCAAAUACAUCCCCUGGUCCGAGGAGAGCGGUGAAAUCACCGCCUGUGGCAUCCCAAUCAACUACAAUGCCUCGAAGGAGUGGGAAGGCAAGAAAGUCGUCCUGUUCUCUGUCCCUGGUGCUUUCACCCCAACCUGUUCUGUCAACCACGUGCCCGGAUACAUUAAGAACCUGCCCCAGCUCCGUGCAAAGGGUGUCGAUAUCGUUGCCGUCGUGGCUUUCAAUGACCCCUUCGUCAUGAGCGCCUGGGGCAAAGCCAACCAGGUGCGCGGAGACGAAAUCCUGUUCCUUUCCGACCCCGAUGCCCAGUUCUCCAAGAGCAUUGGCUGGGCUGACGAGGCGUCCGGACGAACUGGUCGCUAUGCCAUUGUCAUUGACCACGGCAAGGUCAGCUAUGCGCAAAUCGAGACUGAAAGGGGUGCUGUCAAGAAGUCGGGUGCCGACGCUGUCCUGGCGUCGCUGUGA